AUGGAGAGAAAAAACCCUAACAUGAAUUCAGAAGAUCUUGGAGUGAAGCAAUUCCGAUGCGUGUACAAGUUAUGGAAUUGUAUUCAUAAAUUGGGCAGAAAACAGUUUAAGCCGUCAAGAACAAACCCUAAGAAGAUCCUUGAUUCACUUCCCACUCUUCCUUUUGAUCUCAUAACAGAGAUACUCUCUAGGCUACCCGUCAAAACACUUGUCCAAUUCCGAUGCGUCUGCAAGUCCUGGAAUUCACUAAUAUCCGAUAACAAAUUCUCCAGAAAGCACUUUAACCUGUCAACCACGCGCGACCUCCAUGUCAUAAGCUAUGACGAACCCUUAAACCGUUUUGUUUUAAAGUCUUACCCACUCCAAUCCGUUUUCACAGACCUAACUACCAAUUUCACUCAACUUGGCUUUCCAUAUAACAGUCCUUUUGAACACAAUUUACAUUAUAUUGUUGGCUCUUGUGACGGAAUCCUUUGUCUUGUUGAUUAUCAUAACUCUUUUGUUGUAUUGUGGAAUCCUUCUAUUAGAAAAUUCAAGGAAUUGCCUCCUUUUGAAUACCCCGAACUGCCUCCAGCGGUAAAGUAUGGCUUCGGCUAUGAUCACGUUUCUCAUAAUUACAAAGUGGUUGUUGUUUACGACUAUAGUACUCAAGACACUACUAAAAUAAAGGUUUAUACUUUGACUACCAAUUCUUCUUGGAGAAACAUUCAGACAUUACCUUUUCCUUCUGAAUUUGGCUAUGAUCAACCAGGAAUACAUGUAAGGGGUACAAUUAAUUGGUUGGCCUAUACUAAAUGGCCUCUUCCACCUUUUAUUGUUUCUUUUGAUUUAGGCAACGAGUCUUGUCAAAAGAUUUUUCCUCCUCAACAUGGACUCAUCGAUAGGAGGUCCAGAUUGUGUGUCUUGAGGGAUUGCUUGUGCAUAGUUUCUUAUUUACGAUUUUAA